AUGUCCUUUGCGGCUGAUGAGGACAGAGGGAUUGGUCUCAGCGCUGAGAAUGUUACCUGCCGUGACGGCACCGCAGGCGCAGAGAAGAACCCAGCAGGUCCAUCUCCGGCUCGUGCGGUAGGCUAUGAGGCCUCCAAUGAUCGGCCCAAUGGCCGGCCCAAGCACUGGUCCAGAGGCAAACACGGCGUUCCCAAGGCCGUGUUCGUGGAUAGGAAACAGGUCAGCAAUGAUACCUCCUCCGAUGGUGAGGCAUGCGGAGCCUCCAAUGCCACCGAGGAGGCGAAACACGAUUAUGGAGGCCAUGUUCGGGGCCAGGGCACAACCAAUUUGCCAGAGGGUCAUGAAGCACUGUUGAUUACCAGCUGGCGUCCAUAG